CUGCAUGUGCAAUGAUUGCCGUUCACAAGCUAACGUCUUGGUCAGCUGUUAAGUUCUACUGAAAUUUAUAGAAAAUAUACACUGUUGUGUUAAUUAUGUCGGAGGAAAUUGUUUUUGAUUGCCUGCAUGCAGAAAUAGUCAAUUAUUGCCUAAAUAACAGCAAGGAUCAAAAUGAUCUGGCUACCUUAGAGUAUAUUGGCUUUACAACUGGCUAUCGUUUGAUCGAGCGUCUUACGCGUGACGUCGCGCGAUUCAAAGAUGAGCUGGAGACCAUGAAAUUUAUAUGCACCGAUUUUUGGAUAUUGAUUUACAAGAAACAAGUCGAUAACUUGCGCACCAACAACUACGGCAUGUAUGUGGUGCAGGAUAAGGCAUUCCGUUUUCUCACACGAAUCUCGCCUGGCUCCAAGCAGCUGGAGCAGGCGCCCAAAUUUGUGGCCUUCACUUGCGGUCUGGUGCGCGGAGCGCUAAGUAAUCUGGGUAUCAAUAGCACUGUCACAGCUGAGGUACAGACAAUACCUGCCUGCAGGUUUCACAUAGAGGUCAAUAGGGGUUAGACAUAUGCAUAUAUAUAACGCAAGAUUAAUACAAAUUAUUUUAAAUAUAUAA